AUGACUGGUUACUGUACAGAGCAGCGCUACACUUGGAAAUCUCUUUUUCUUCCAAACCCGAGCGAUCCUGACAAUCCAAGACUUGUUGUGAGAAGAAUUCCAAUUCCUGGAACAUCAGAGAACCCAGAGGAGACCAUCAACUCUGUUCCAAAGACACCGACUGGCCCAGUUCCAGAGUUUGGACUGAGCUCCUCUUCAGACUCUCCUCCAAGAAGUCUCUCCACUGCCUCCUCUGCCUCUCCUCCAACUCAGUGUUCUUCAUCAAACAAGGAGGACUUCACAGGACAUCGUGUAGGAAGAUGUGAUGGACCCAGUUCGUCACACAGGUCUCCAAAGACCUCCUCAAAUGUUCAGCUGAGCUCCAGUACAAGCUUGACAGAGCAGCACUACACUUGGAAAUCUCUUUUGCUUCCCAACCCAAGCGAUCCUGACGAUCCAAUACUUGUUGUGAGAAGAAUUCUAAUUCCUGGAACAUCAGAGAACCCAGAGGAGACCAUCAACUCUGUUCCAAAGACACCAACUGGCCCGGUUCCAGAGUUUGGACUGAGCUCCUCUUCAGACUCAGACUCUCCUCCUCAGAAGUAUCUCUAUGCUCCAUCCUCUCCAAACAUCAACCCUGUUCCAAAGAACACCUACGGGUGGUUUGAGUUUCUCCUCAGAUUCAGACUCUCCUCCAAGACGUUUCUCCACUGCUUCCUCUGCCUCUCCUCCAACUCAGUGUUCUUCAUCACACAAGGAGGACUUCUGGACCUACGAGAAGCUGAAAGACCAAGACAAGCUUGUUCUAAAGAGACAACACAAAGGAAAUCCUGCAGGAAGAUGUGAUGGACCCAGUUCUUCAAAGAGACCUUCAAACACCCCACACCCCAAGAGAAAACCCGUACCGCCCCCGACCAUGAACAGUACGAACACAAAGUGGGUCAAGAACCUCAAAUCAAUACUGGCAGAAAGAAAAAAGCAGCAUGGACAGCAGAACUUUAAGAGAAGUGCUAAAAGUACGGAUGCUGCACCAACAGCCAAAAGAAUGAUGAAGACAAACUCCUGAUUCACUUUCAGAAACUUCAAUAUUUAAACUAUUUCAUUCUUUUUUUGUUCAUUCUAGUCAAUAGUUGUUGUGUUUUAAUAAACUUUAUACAAAAUCUAAAGAAGUUUUAGUUUAACAGACAAUUUCUUCUUAGUUCUAGAUUUGAUUUUGUAGGAAAGCCUCUUUAUUUCCCUUGAAAUGGUUCCUCAUGUCAACAUUUCUGGGAUUAGCAGCAGAUCUGAGCAGCUGAAUUCCAGCAGGGAAAAGGUUUUCUACUGAUGCUAAACAGCUGAAAUGCUGAGUUCUCCACAACAAAGAGAAACUUCCAAAGCUUUUCUUCACUAUAUCAGCACCUGAUCAGAAAAGGGGAAAGCAGAGGAGACACACAGUAGAGCAGGUUUGUGGCCAAGGCACUGAUGAUGUCAUUUGUUGCAGACACUGCAGCUGUGAUUGCACUGUGGCCCUGAAACCUGAUUGAGUUUCAAAAAGAACACAGUUGGAUGUUAG